AUGACGUUCCCAACCUAUUUCUCAUUUGAUUCCGAGAAGCAGGACGAGGAACACAACAUGAGACCAUCCAUGGUGAAGAAGAAACAAGCAUGGCAGAAAACCACCCUUGCUCCCUUUCUUACCCGCAAAACCGGUAGACACCAAAAUGAGAAAGUGUUGGACCGCCAGAACAGUUACCUGUCGACUACGACAGCCACUUCGAAUAGCACACAAACAGAUCUAGGUGAUGUGCUAGAUCCUCAAUCGGAUGACAGCAUAUUGGAAGAAGAAGACGAGAAUUUGGUGCAAAACCUAAAGACUCAAAGUCCUCCGAGAACUCCAGGAACAAUCGCUUCUGAAGAAUCGUUCUUAUCUUCCGAUGACUCCACUGUUGAACCUGUUACUUCCAAAAAAUCCCUUUUGAAACGUCUAGACGAGACUGUAGACGAAAGCAAGUCAGAGGCGCAGGAGACUGAAGAAGUAUUUCUUCCAAACGACGACUCGACCUUUUCAAGUGGAAAGGAGUCCAUUUCAUCAGAUCCCGAGAGGCUUGCGGGUGAUUCCGCCCAUAGUAGCAUCAGUUCCAACAGUACUGGUACUGCUGAGAAGGCAGAUGUCUCAGCUAUGGAGCAAGAGAGCCCUUCUUCUCCAACAGAGUUGGUAAGUGAAAACAGCCUUACCGAUGACUCUGCCAACAGCAGCACCAGUUCCAAAACUACCGCUGAAAAGGCAGAUGGUUUCUCAGCUCAAGAAGGAUUGGUUCCACCAGAGCUGGUGACUGAAAACAGCCUUAAGGAUGAUUCCGCAAGCAGCAACAUCAGUUCCAACAGCGCUACUGCUGCAGCAGUAGCACCAGUUCCAACUAUUCUCGAAGCUGACUAUGUUGUUCCCACUACUGGAGCUGAGCCUGAAGAACAUGUGGGCAGCAGUGUCAGCGACAGCGCGUCGCAGAUUCUUAAAAAAUACCUCUUUGGUGGGCUGGCAAUGUCGCUCACAACCUUUGUGACUAUGGGAUCUGUCGCAAGGCCUAUACAAGUAGACACUGAAGAAGCUGAAGUUCAAACUGUACCAAGUCUGGAUGCUUCUGAACAAUCUUCUAACGAUGGAGAUGUCAAGAAUACAAUGCAGACCCCCAGUGCUGCCAAAGAUUGUGAAAUACCCGUCACCAAUCUUCAUGAUGAUGCCGAUGAUAUCAUUUUUGUGGACGAAGACGUGGAAUCCACUCAGCUUGAACGUCCAGAGCUCAAAAGCCCACUGUCGCCGAUAUCCGAGAGGAAUAUUCGUCAAUUACAAUUUCUUACGCCGAACUCUGGACUCAAGGAAAAAGAAGACCUCUCCAAGGGCCCAACACAAGAUAUAUUUUCGAUUCCAAACAUGCUGGAAGAGGACGAAGAAGCCCAAUUUGCGUUAAGUCCAGGUCGAGUAAAAGUGGACGAGUUGCAAGAAGGCUACGCAGCAUACGAGUCCUCCAAACUGAAGGGAGACAGCACCACGGAUAAUGGUUCUGAUGAUCCUGAUGGAUCAAAAGAAUUAUCUUUUGAGAGCGAUGCACCAACAAAGAAGCAAUCCGGAAAAGAAGAGGGUCCAGCUUCACAUGCAAAAUCUAUCAGAAUGCUCUGCUUCGUUGUUCUUUUCGCGGCCCUUGUUGCUGUUACUCUACCAUUUUUUAUGGAUACGACAGUCAGCGCAAGUGCUGCCAUUGAGACCGCGAGCCCCUCAGUAUCCAUGGAACCAAGUUCAGCACCAAGUCUUUCGCAAGAACCGUCCGACUCCCCGUCCUUGAAGCCGUCAAUAUAUCCCACGAUCUCUGACGUGCCAACAAUCGCACCAUCUGGUCACCCAACGCUGUCACAAUCUCCUUCCAUGGUUCCUAGUAUCUCUGACGCACCCUCGCUAAAGCCCUCGAUUGCGCCUACCGAAUCCAUGGAGCCAAGUGAAAGUCCAAGUGAAGUACCUUCUGACAUCCCAUCAUCGGUUCCUUCCGAAAGCCCAUCCUUGCGUCCUUCCGUGUCAAUGUUGCCAUCCAGUUUACCAUCCUUGAUGCCCUCGCCAGAACCGACUGAUAGACCAACCCAACAUCCCACGAUUACAUUUCAACCGAGCAGACGCCCUACACGAUCACCGACCCGAGAACCAACUUUCGAGCCAACCGAAUAUCCUACCAGACGCCCUACACGAUCACCGACCCGAGAACCAACUUUCGAGCCAACCGAAUAUCCUACCAGACCUCCGAUUACGCCGCCUCCACCUGCUGAUCUCGCCGAUGCUUUUAAGAUUCGAUUGUAUUGGAAUGAGUCCUACUUCUGGCAAGAAGAAAACGUAGAACGUUUUUGGUGCAUGGAAUGUGUCAAAUGUGCGGAGUAUGGCAAUUUGGAUGGUUUUGAUCAUGGAUGCGUAUCUCAUCAAACUGGUGACGAAACACGUUGUGCGGCAGGAGACUCCAUGUGGGUUCGUGAAUGCGAAGGGCGUGGCAACCGUUUUAACAUUCAGGGCAGUGAGGAGAACGGCUUUAUGGUGCGAAUUGCCAGGACAGAUCUUUGCAUUGAACGAAUUAAAGAGCAGCAUCAAUUAUUGUUUGUCCAGCAUUGCGAUCGAGGAAGUCCUUGGCAAAGAUUCCUUCCAUGGAAUGACUACCACAAAUUCCAACUGAAACCCAUAGGUUACAAAGGGAGACCAGAGGUUGAGUCUGAAUGCGUUUCGCAACUUCAUCAUCCAAAAUCAGGAGAACUUCUGGCGCUGCAUAAUUGCGCUCUCAGUCGCGAAUAUGAGACAUUGUUUUGGGAGAAGUAUUAA